AUGGAAGACCCAUUUACUACUCAUCAAAACAACGAGAAUACGCAGCGCUGGGCUUUACCAGGGCAGGGUGGAGGGACUGCUCUUCCUACUAGGCAAGACCCAGACACUGAGCAGGAGGAGGAGGGAGAGAGGGAAGAGAAGGAAGUGGCCAAAGACACUCCGGAAAAAGACAAAAUACAGGGAACUAGGCCUGACACCACCACCAAGGGAAGAGGAGAGGAACCGGGUUGCCACCAAAGGCAGAGACGAGGACCCCGGCGGAAGAGGCUGCGCAGUAAUGGCCGCUGCUCCUCCUCUCGCACCCCGACCGUGACCAGCUCCGGGCCCUCGCCCAGGGCAGGGGCUGCGGCGGCGGCGGACAACGCAGCGCCCGUCACAGUCUUCUCGCCUGCGACAGCAACCAAGGUGGGGGCGGCGGAAAGAGCUGAACUGCCCCAUCACGCCUGGGCGCCGAGAGCCGCGGCCGAGCCGGCCCAAGGGCGUCCACCUACGUACCGGCCUCUGACCUCGCCACCGCCCCUCUCAGGCCCGGAGUGUAGGGCCGACCUGGAGCGCGUCGCUCCUGGAGGUGACACCGCGAGCCAUCACGCCUUUCCCUGGGCUAGGGCGUCAGAGUGGCUGACUUUGACCCUUCCCCGCAAGAACCUCACCCUGACUCCAACCUCUCUAGCCGCAGCCUCGGCCGUCUCGCCGUCUUUCCUCCUCGGCCUCGGAGCCCGCAGCGGCCGGGAACGCGCGCGACGGUGCCGGAGAUCGAAAGAAUGCGGUCCACCAGUGAGAUGUGGGGCAAAGCAAGGAAAAACGCGUGUAGAACCAGCAGGUGGUACUGCUCAGAAACCCCCGCUCCCAAGAGAAGCUUUCGGGCGCCUAGCUGGAUUUGGGGGUACAGAGUCCUUGGCAGAGUACUGCUUGUUCUCUUAACAGCCACAACGAAGGGGUUCUUUGAGAGUUGUAGUUAGUUCACCGUCUGAAGGGUUGAGCAAUUUAAUCGGAAAAAAAAAUAGAUCUUAAUUUCCUUUUGGACCCAUUUUUCUUAGACUAGAGCAUAGGUAACUGGAGGAAGAGAUUAGUCAGAAGAAUCUAAAACUGAAGGAAUGGCUUAUCUUGUUGCGUUCAUGUGGUUUUAACCGUCAAAACCGUGGUGGUAUCCUCCAUUACAUUUUAGCAUGUACAUUGUCUUUCUCGGAACUGAUUAUAUUUUCUCAAUUUAUAGUAAAAAGGUGGAAUAGCAUGCCUUUUGUCUUUAAAAGAGUAUAUAUUCCAACAUUCCAUGGCAGUAUCUUACUUGCAGUGCUGCUGC